ACAUUACGGAUUUAUAUAACAAAGAUGGCUGCGCCCUUGGGGAGAACUUAUUUGACAUUUAAACUAAGUUUUCCGAAGAAACUACUUAAACUGAACAAAGAAACAUGUCGUUAUUCAUUACAAAUAAAUCAGACAUUAAUUAGAAAUUAUUCUCAGAAAUAUGAUUCAAGUUUGUUUGCAACAGUGAAGAAAAAUUGGAAAACCGGUGUUUGCAUAGCUGUAACAACAUCAGUAUUCGCGACAGGGUAUCUAAGGUCUCGCCAAAGUUAUGCUGAUACAGAAGCAAGACCAGUGUCAAGACACGUAAAAGGGGUGGUUGAUAUAGGGAACCAGAAGUUCACAUUGUACCAGUUCCAGUCCUGUCCAUACUGCUGUAAAGUUAGGGCUGCUCUUGAUUAUUUUGGAUUUACAUAUGAUGUUGUUGAAGUGAAUUCAGUGACGAAAGCCCAGAUGAAGUUUUCUGAGUACAAAAAAGUACCUGUACUUAUGGUAGAUGGAAAGAUGGGUGAUAAAGAUUUUACACUGCAAUUCAAUGAUUCCUCAGCCAUUGUCAGUGUACUUGGAAGUUUUGUAUACGACCAACAAACACCUCUUCAUAAACUACAUACAUAUUACCCUGUAAUAAAGGAAAAACAGGGUAGAAAAACAGUGUGGGACUUUCCAAAUAAAUAUUUUAUUAUGUUUGGAGAGAAUAUAGAAGAUUCCAGGUCAGAGAAACAAAGAAGAGAAAACAGCAACAAUAAUAGUGCUCAGAUGGAAAGGGAAGAAAGAAAAUGGCGGAAGUGGACUGAUGAUAUUUUGAUGCACACUAUAUCACCGAAUGUUUAUCGUACACCUUCUGAGUCACUAGAAGCAUUCCAUCAUUUCUCUGAAUGGGGAGAAUGGGAUAAAAACUUCUCCACUGUCUCAAGACUAGGCGUCGUCUAUAUAGGAGCAUUUGUCAUGUACUUUAUCGGUAAACUUGUCAAGAGAAGGCAUAAUAUAAAAGACAAUCCUCGGGAAUCAUUGUACGAUGCUUGUGAUGCGUGGAUGAAUGCUGUUGGAGAGAACAAAUUUCUUGGUGUUGAUAGACCAAACCUUGCUGAUCUGUCUGUUUAUGGUGCCCUGCAUUCAUUUGAAGGAUGCCAAGCUCACACAGAUCUUAUGUCUAUACACAAGGUUAAAGACUGGUACCAGCGAAUGGAGCAACAAAUAAAUGGACAUCAGGGAGCUUUCCUUUUAGAAGAACUCCCAACUAAACGACAUAUUAAGAAAUGACUGUGAAAUAUCAUUUUGAAAAAAUGUUUGCAUGGUUGAUUGAGAUAUUUUAAAGCUUGGACAGUUGUGAAUGCGUGAAAAUUAGUUGCUGAGUCAAGGUGUUUGUCAUGAAGUAUUGUUAUUUAUAACCCUUACCCUGCUGAAUUUCUAUAAUGAACUUGUCCAUCUUUCAAUUUGGACAGUACCAUUAACUGUUAAAAGGGGUGCUUACCAAAAAGAUACUGACUGAAUGGCGAAAAGUGCAGAUCAUGAUCAGACUGCACAGAUGUGCAGGCUGAUCAUGAUCUACACUGGAUGCAAAGGCAGAAUCAUUAGUGUCCGGCAUGACAAGGGAUAAAAUUGUUAACCAUCAACUAACUGUAGAGGAUUUCUAACAUUUAAUAGACUUGUUACGAGUUCUUUUGAAAUGAAGUUGAAGCUUGUUCUCAUUUAUUUAUUGCUGUAAAUUCAGUAUAAAGGUAAUUGUCUUGUUAUUGUCUAAUAGGGAUUUGGAAUCCUUCCUUUAUUUUAAUUAACUGUCCAGCUGACUUGUGGAAUGUCAGUGGUCAGCCACCAUUACAGAGGCCUUAGUGGACCAUUGUUUAAGGCUGCUGACUUAACGACUUACCCUUCAACAAUGUGGGUUUGAAAAUUUGCUUUGGGUGUUGAAUUAUUAAUGUGAGGAAGCCACCCUGGUGCACAUCCAUGCCGGAAUCAAUACUCGCAAGGGCAACAAGGGUCUUCCACAGAAAAAUCGAGUCCUGUUAAAAUUUGUUAAAACAUUUAUUUUGUAAAGUGGUCUUUAGUUAUAUAUAAGUUAUAUCAUCAAGUUAUAAAUAUACAGUCAAACUUGUCAUAGCGACCCACUGAAUUAAACGACUUCCUGUCGUAUACAACCCUGUUCCAGACCGCCCAACGUAAAUCAUUAUAUAAAGUCACUGAAUUAAAAGACGCGACUAAUGACCGUAAUUGUUGCGUCCCAUAACAAUUAUAUGCCUGAUUUCAACGACCCUUGGCUUUUUUUAAAGCCAAGAAAUUUGCAAAAAUUGUUUUUCACACCACAUCGUAACCCUGUAAAUUAGCGAUAAUUAGCAAUAAUUGUUCAUUCUUCAAAGAGUUUGCUAAACAUAUCAUGAUUAUAUUUAAUUGACCCAUGUCUAUCGAUUAUCGGCCAUUUGAACAAAAACAUAUAUCCACGUGUCUCAUAACCUAUCUCUUUACUUUUCUUUUCCUAAAGAAAUUAAUUCCAGAUGUUUACUAAUGCAAAGUAUGGGAUUUCGUCAUCAAUAUUUGCAUAAAACAUCAUGUGGUUUAUACUGUAAAAAUUUAUCGAGUAAUUUACAACCAAAAUUAUCCAGGAUUUUUCCUAACAAUGCAUGAUGUUACAUCAUGGAAAAUUACUAGGAAAACUACUUGCAGAUGGCUAGUGCGCAGGGCUUUCUUCAUUCUAAAAAUAACAACCAUUAAACACCUAAAUAUUUUUAAAUGUGUACAGUCAUGAAGGUCGCACGUGAUUUAUGCGGAUUUCCCCUUAACAACAAUUUGUGUAUACGAUGUCCUUAUAUAACGGAAAGUGAUCAUCAAAACAGGGGGACCGCGGCUUCCAAAAUAUUGUGACACCACAAUAGUUAAUUGCAGCAGAAGUCACCCAUAAUGUGCCGUCAUUUGAUCAUCAUGAAAAUUACGUAAUAUUGCAAUGUCAAAAAACAAACAAACAUAUUUGACUUCUUCUGUAGACAAUGAAAUGAAUGAACGUAAAUUAUAUACUGUGGGACUUGAUAUGACAGUCUUUUUGAACUGAUGAUAUGGGUGUUGCCAGCUUAGUUACUAGACUGUACAAUGUAUUCAGAGUUUUAAUCAUGACUUUUUAUACAUUACUUGCACGUAAUCAAUUAAUACAAACACAACAUAUUUUUAUUGUGUUUAUUUUUUAAACAUAAUGUUUUAAAUUUAGAAUAAAUUAUUUGACAACAUAGAUCUAGUAUCUUAUGUCUUAAACAUAUAUAAACGAUAAUAGAAUAAAAAAUGAAUAAAAAAUGGCAUACACGUAGUUAGAUUAACAAUUGAUCAUGCUAUUUAGUGAACCUGAAUUAAAAGACUCCCUGUCAUAUGUGACCUUUUAUGGAUGGUCCCGUGGAAAGAAGUCACAUAUGACAAGUUUGACUGUAUAUUGAAAGGUGUCUUUUGACUGAUGCAUUCUUGAAAUGAAAAACUAGUCAUUACCAGUUUUUACUAAAGUUUUUUUUAUCAAUGUCAUAUAUACAGUUCAUAAAUCUUAUCUGUGUAAAUGAAAAUGUUUUGAAAUUGCAUUCUGUGUGAAUGGAAAUGUUUUGAAAUUGCUUUCUGUGUGAACGGAAAUGUUGAAAUUACACCCUCAGGUACCCGGUAAAUAGAAAUUACACCUUGAGUAAAUGGGAAGUUUAGAAAUUGUACUUGGUGUAUAUAGAAAUAUUUCAAUUGUCUCCAUUGUAAGAUUGUUAGAACUUUAUUUCACUUCAUUCUCACUAAAUGAGAGAAAUUCUACUUAUAACUGGUAUUUUUCCUGUAUAUAUAUGUUUGCUUGUCAAAUUUUCAGUCGGAAUGCUUGCAAAAGGGGAGAUUUAUUGUUCUGUUGUGAAUAAAAUAUUUCUCAAGAUUGCAAUA